CGGUUUUCAAGAAUGAAGGACCCCGUGUGUUUACGGAAGUUGCAUGGAGGGAGGUGGGAUGUUUUAAGCUUGAUAGCUAGUUAACGUUCCAGUAAUAUUUGACCGAAUAUCGAGCGUCAGCUAACACAUUUAGGUUCCUUUUUUGUACUAUGGCUUCCGACGUUUCCAACUCUUUAAACAGCAGGUUGCCCCAAGACGAUGAACCAAAUGGCGCGGCGAACACAAAUGCUCCUGCGAACAUAAAUGCUCCUGUUAUAACUGGCAACUCCGCCACUGUCAGUCUCCCAGACAACAGAUUGGUGUGCGUGGAAUACCCAGGAUUUGUAAUAAAUGUAGACAAAAUGUUGGAUACAAUUGGGGGUGAAAAGGGAGUUUCUAAGACAUAUUCAGACUCAACUAAACGUCUUGAACUUCGGUAUCGACCAAAAGACCCAUACUGUCAUCCAGUGUAUGGAAACCGCUAUCCCUCCACCAACCUCCUGCUUCGGAUUCGUCGAAGAGUUCGGAAAGGAAACAGUCAGGAUGUGCAAAUCAGCAUGGAAAUUCUGGGUGUGAUUGAGACGACCUACAAGUUUCAAGCCAUGGCAGACAUCCAGUAUCUCGCCGCACACUCAGAACCAGACAAGUCUUGGACCUCAUUAUACAACAAAGUGAUUCUGCGACAACCAGAGAAAAAGGAGUUCUUUGACCAGGAUGUGCCUCUCUUUCUCCCCCCACCGAUCUUCUCUCGCCAGGACAGCACCGUGGACUACUAUUACCGCCCAGACAUCCAACACAAAGAGGGUUAUGGUCCUCCUUUGGCCUCCAGCGAUAACCUUAUUGGCCUGAGUCGGGCGCGGCGCCCACACAAUGCCAUCUUUAUUACCUUUGAGGACAAGGAGGUGCCAUCCGGACCUCUGGAGGCAGCCAAGGCCAACUGGAAGAAAGUCAGCAUCCAUUCCACUGAGAGAAAGGCCGAAGAAGAGAUCCUGAAGUUGUUUGAGAGGCGGCCCAUCUGGUCCCGCAAUGCAGUCAAGGCCAACAUGGACGUGCAUCCAGAGAAGCUCAAGUUGCUUCUGCCCUUCGUGGCAUAUUACAUGUUGACAGGUCCUUGGAGAAGCUUGUGGGUGAGGUUCGGCUUUGACCCGCGGAAGAAUGCAGAGGCUAAGAUUUACCAAGUACUGGACUUCCGAAUCCGCUGUGGGAUGAAGCAUGGAUAUGGUGCUGGUGAUAUGCCAGUGAAGGCCAAGAGAAGUGCAUACCAUCACAGUCUGUACACCACACUCAACAAAUCAGGUCCCCAGCCUGCCAGCCUGAAAGAGAUCACAGAGGAGAGCCCCAGUACCUCACGCAAGCCUUCACAGCCCCGCUACUUACUCAAGGAGUCUGCAUUCAGGUUUCAUGAGGGGAUGCUGCCACCAUAUAGGCAGAUGUUCUACCAACUCUGUGACCUGGAAGUUGAGCAAAUACGGAGUAUCAUCCACCAGAACGAUGGAAAGGAGGAGGGCUGUGACGAGCGGGAUGGCUGGUGUGUGCCCCGCACGGCCGAUGAGCUCCGAGACAUCAUGUCUGCCAUGAUAAAGCACACUGUCAGGGACUCCGGAUCCGGUGGACUGUACCAAAAAAAGCAUAAAAAAGGCACCAAUCAAAGUGGUAGCAGCAAAGGAGACUAUGAUGAGGACGACGAGGAUGAGGAAGAGGAUGAUGAGUACCAGCCGUCUGAUGGCAGUGAGAAUGAGAUGGAAACGGAGAUACUUGACUACUUGUAAAUCUGGACCAUUGAAGAAUACUGUGUUUGUUUUGUCCUUUUUUGUGUUAAAAAAUAAAUGUUUUUGUAAAAA